AUGGUGGGUAUCAUGAAGAUAAUGAUGAUUAUGGCUCUGUUACUGAUAGGUGUGAAUGCAAGGUCUUUUGACGAGUGUGAAAAAACAGUGUGCAAAUCUGUUUGUCACCCCGACCACAACAGUAUUGCAUGUGGUGAUUGUCUCCUUAUAUGCGCCUCCCCUUCUCUAAGUCUUUUGACGAGUGUGAAAAAACAGUGUGCAAAUCUGUUUGUCACCCCGACCACAACAGUAUUGCAUGUGACUGAAAACUUUAGAAACGAUGGUUAUAAUUUUCAGGUGCGAGCAAAAUUGAUCAACGGGAUUUGUGUCUUAGGAACUGUGAUGUUAGUUGUCAACCGGACAAGGGCUGCUACCAACGUUGUAUUAAACACUGUCCAAAACCAGCUUUGA